CGCAUCCAGUUAACAUACUAACUACUUAUUCUUCUCCUAAAAGAGGCUUUCUGUACCCUGAAGGAUCAGGUAUAUAUUCCCAGGUUUUCGUGCUUAUCGAGCAGUUUAUCUUAUACGCGGUAUUACUUGAUUGAGAACCCAGAUCGCGGCGGCAGUGGACGGAAGGUUACUGCUUGUGCCCGCAAAGGGAAUUCUUUAUUGAUUUCUCUUUUGCGUUGAAUAUCAUAACUGGUGCGGCAAGUCUCUACAUAUCCGUGACUACGGAGCUUUAGCCGCCUGCAGCGGACAAGGAAGCUCGGAAACGCACAACUCUGACCCGGGUUUCUUUGGUCAACCCCGGAGACUUUUUCUUUAAACAAAUACACCGCGCAAACACGCUGUCAAGCAAGCGGCGGGAUCGCACAAAGCAGCUCCCCCUUUUUAUAAGGGCCAAGAAUAAAAAAGGUUUAUAAAAUAUAUGUUGUAAAACAACGAAAAAGAGGAGGGAGGGAAAAUUAAAAAAACAAUGUCCUUCAAACUCCCCAGCAAUGUCCCUUCCUUCUCCUCCUCCCAGCGCGAGUAUGAGGACGGCUACUGGCGCGCCACAAGAACCAACGUCGACAACCACGGUUUCUCCUUCGCCAGCUUCAUGAACCCGAACAUCAACAGCAAUCUGCCCAUGUACAAAGACAAACCACAUUACGCCUCACGGCAGGUCCGGAGACGGCGAAAAAUUACCUGGGUAUUGGCUGGGUUGGUGUUCUUGGGUAUUGUGUGGGUGCUUGUGCAUAUGACAGCACCGGGGCAGGUGGUGCGAAUGAAAACUACUAAGCAUGGGGGCAAUUUGUGGAAGUGGAUGAGAGCUCUGGAGAAGGAGAAAGGGGGGUUUGAGGGGGAUGAGAGGGAUGGGAAGGGAGUGGUGGAUUGGGCGGCGAGAAGGGAGAAGGUUCGAGAUGCGUUUAUCAUUAGUUGGGACGAUUAUGCGUCUCAUGCUUGGGGCCACGACAUAUACAAACCGCUGAGCAAGAAAGGUGAAGACAUGGUCAAGGGCGGAUUGGGCUGGAUAAUCGUCGACUCGCUGGAUACAUUGAUGAUCAUGAACCUGACAUCCCGUGUGCAAAAUGCCAGGAAUUGGAUCCAUACCUCUCUCCGCUAUGACCAGGACCAUCCUGUCAAUACUUUCGAGACGACCAUUCGAAUGCUCGGUGGCCUCCUCUCUGCGCAUUAUCUGUCGACGACAUACCCCAACCUCGCCCCGAUUGCAGACGAUGAUGACGGAGCUCCCGGCGAGGAUCUGUAUAUCGAAAAAGCCACAGGUCUUGCUGACCGACUGCUUGGCGCAUUUGAAUCGCCAUCCGGUGUACCAUAUGCGAGUAUUAACCUUAAUACGAGCGUAGGCGUAGAAUCCCACAUGGAUUUCGGUGCCUCUUCGACGGCUGAGGCAACCACCCUCCAGCUAGAAUUUAAAUAUCUUGCGAAACUUACGGGGGAGGCAAACUACUGGGAGAAAGUGGAGAAGGUCAUGGAGGUUGUCGAAGCAAAUGGAAUGGAGGGUGGUCUCGUUCCUAUCUUUAUUGAGCCGAGUUCAGGAAAAUUUAUGGGCCAGAAUAUCCGGCUGGGGAGCCGCGGGGACUCGUACUACGAAUACUUGAUCAAACAGUACCUCCAAACUUCUCGUGAAGAGCCGAUCUACCUUGAUAUGUGGAAUGAAGCGCUCAUGGGCAUCCGCGAACAUCUUGUCACAUAUACGAAACAUGCUUCUCUCACAGUCAUUGGCGAGAGGCCGAACGGUCUCAAACAUGAGCUGGUUCCAAAAAUGGACCAUCUCGUCUGCUUCAUGCCCGGCACUAUCUCCCUCGCCGCAACAGGUGGCCUGCCAAUCUCCCAAGCUCGGAAGACCCCAGGUUGGGGCCACAAGCAAGAGGAAGAAAUCCUCCUCGCCAGAGAACUCAUGAAAACCUGCUGGGCCACUUACGUGGCAACAAACACAGGCCUCGCGCCGGAAAUCACCUAUUUCGAGAUCGACGACCCGCCCCGUAUGAUGAAAAAUGUGUUCCCAGACUUACGCAAGAACCCCGCUGCUGCCAAAUCUGCUUUGGCAGAUUUGCACCUAACAUCCAAACCCCUCUACCCACUCACGAACGCCAACAGCGCAUGGCGCAAGGACGUCGUCAUCAUGCCCCAGGACAAACACAACCUCCAACGCCCCGAGACCAUCGAGUCACUGCUGUACAUGUACCGCAUCCUCGAAGACGACACGUACCGGCACUGGGGCUGGCAGAUGUUCAAGAACUUCGUGAACCACACCUCAAUCAGCGUGCAGGAUAGAGACCCGCCGAUCCGCGACCCGCACAAUAAGAACGUAGAUCUAGAGGCCAAGCGGAGGACGCCCUCGUCACACAUACGUGCGUUCACGUCGCUGGAUAAUGUCGAUGUGAUACCUGCGGCGCAGAGGGAUAACAUGGAGAGUUUCUGGCUGGCGGAGACGUUGAAGUAUUUCUACUUGUUGUUUUCGGACAGGGAGUUUUUGCCGUUGGAGGCGACUGUGUUUAAUACGGAGGCCCAUGUGUUUCCGCGGUUUCAGAUGGGGCAGUUGUUUAAGACUGGGUGGAAGCGGAAGCAUGGGAACGGGAGUUGGCUUUCGUAACUUUUGGCGUUCUGCUUAGUUUCUUUUUGGUUAUUUCAUGGCAUUUUGUGCAUGGCAUUGACGAAGGAUUCAUUUCAGUGUUCUAGAUCUGUAUUCUUUUUUUAUUUUCUAUGUCUUGUACUGUCUUUUUUUCUUUUCCGUCCUAGGUUCAAUGAAUUGGCUGAAUACCCCUC